AUGAAGUAUAUUAUUGAACAUAUGGAGGAAGGAUUCAGUGAAUGGGUCAUUCUAGAGUAUAGCCAAAUUUUAAGAGAUGUUGGAGCUGAAAACUUAAUUUUAUCGUCGUUACCAAAGAACACCACUGAAAAGGACAUACCUGAAAAGCUAUUAUCGCUUGGUUUGAGAUGGACAACAAGUGAUCUGAAGAACAUUGAUGAAGAUUUCAAGGAUUUGGAACCUUUGAAAGACGGAAGAGUUUGUUUAUUGGACCCAAGAGCUGCGAUUGAUUUACAACCUGAAGACGCUGCAGAAUUCGAUUAUUUCGUAUUUGGUGGUAUAUUAGGUGACCAUCCUCCAAGAGAUCGUACUAAAGAACUAAAGACUACAUAUCCUAAUCUGCUGGUGGGUAGAAGACUUGGCGACAAGCAAAUGACCACAGAUACUGCGAUAAGAACAACCCAGUUGAUUGUCAAAAACAAAACCAAGUUUGAAGAUAUCAAGUUCAUUGAUUAUCCUGAAUUUAGGUUCAAUAAAAAUGAAGCCACGGAGAUGCCGUUUAGAUAUGUUCUUGAUAAAGAAGGUAGACCAAUCCUACCAGAGGGUAUGUUAGAGUUGAUCAAGAAGGAUUCUGCUCAAAGCUUGGAUGAUCUGCUAAUGUAA